GGGCUCCCAUAACAGCCAAUUUUCAAAGUGUUUGCACUGAAAAGAGAGGAGGUGCUAUUUUGAUUGAUGUUUCAAUGCAGUAUAUAAAGCAGAGGAAUUCUUCUCCCCCUCUGCUUGUCAUACUGAUCUGCAUAUUCUCAACUGGACUUGGGGCUAUUAGUUGUUGAAUCUGAAGGACUGAAACUGAUUGGGAAUAAAUAGCGUAACAAUGCCGGAACCCACCCAGCAAGCUGAGAAAGAAACUAAAGCAGAAAUUUUGCCACCUGCAGAAACCGCGCCACCUGCAGAACAAAAGAAACCAAAAGAGGAUGGAACCGAACAGGCUAAAGAUGAAGAUGACAGUGCUUCAGUUAAUGCUCCACAAGCAGAUGGGACUACUCAGUCAGCGGAGAGAAAAGAUUCAGUAUGGUCUCUUGGAGAUGGAACUCCAGAAGAAACAGAGAAGCAUGACGAUUCCCAGAGAUCCACUUUAUUUAUUGAAAAACCACAGGGUGGUUCAGUGAAUGUUGGAGAAAAUAUUACAUUUAUAGCCAAAGUAGAAGCCAAAGAUCUUCUUCGAAAGCCAACUGUAAAGUGGUUCAAAGGGAAAUGGAUGGACCUGGCCAGUAAAGCGGGCAAACACCUUCAGCUGAAGGAGACAUUUGAGCGUCAUAGCAAGGUUUAUACGUUUGAGAUGCAAAUCAUUAAAGCUAAGGAAAACUACGGCGGGAACUACCGAUGCGAAGUAACAUAUAAGGAUAAGUUCGAUAGCUGCACUUUCGAUCUUGAAGUCCACGAAUCUUCUCAGCCUGCUCCAUCUAUUGACAUCCGAUCUGCUUUCAAAAGAAGCGGUGAAGGACAAGACGAUGCAGGAGAACUUGACUUUAGUGGUCUCCUGAAACGUAGGGAGAUUAAACAAGAGGAAGAGCCCGAGAUAGAUGUGUGGGAGCUCCUGAAGAAUGCUAAUCCCAGUGAAUAUGAGAAGAUUGCAUUUCAGUACGGUAUCACUGAUCUGAGAGGCAUGUUAAAACGUCUGAAACGUAUGCGCAGAGAAGAGAAGAAGAGUGCAGCUUUUUCAAAAAUUCUGGAUCCUGCAUAUCAAGUGGAUAAAGGAGGUAGAGUAAGGUUUGCAGUGGAGUUGGCAGAUCCAACGGUGGAGCUCAAGUGGUAUAAAAAUGGCCAAGAAAUACGACCAAGUACAAAGUACAUUUUUGAGCACAAAGGUAACGAACGAAUUUUGUUCAUCAAUAACUGCACACUGGCAGAUGACGCUCGCUAUCAUGUGACGGCUGGUGAUGAGAAAUGCUCCACAGAACUCUUUGUAAGAGAGCCUCCAGUGGUGGUGACCAAGGCCCUGGAAGACCUGAAUACCUAUGUUGGUGAAAGAAUAGAAUUAUCCUGUGAAGUGUCUGAAGAGGGUGCAAAUGUGAAAUGGUUUAAGAAUGGUGUGGAGCUGACCAAUGAACCUAGAUCUCGUUAUCGACUUAAGGUUGAUGGUAAAAAACACACUCUGAUCAUAGAAGAAGCUACAAAAGCUGACAAUGCAACCUAUUCGGUGAUGACAACUGGAGGGCAAUCAGCUGCUAAGCUUGCAGUUGAUUUGAGACCACUGAAGAUAAUGCAGCCACUAACAGACCAGACUGUGAGGCUUGGGAAAGAAAUCGCCCUGAAGUGUGAGAUAUCUGAGAACAUAGAAGGGAAGUGGUACAAAAAUGGGCAACUUCUUCCAGCUAGUGACCGUGUAAAGUUAUAUCACAAAGGAAGAAUCCACAGGUUGGUUAUAGAAAGCUCCACUGUUGAUGAUGAAGGUGAUUACAUGUUCGUACCAGAUGCCUAUAAAAUUAACAUACCAUGCAGAGUACAUGUCAUAGAUCCUCCGAGGCUUCACCUGGAAAAUCUUGGUGAAAAUAACACGGUGACAGUACUGGCAGGAAACAAACUACGAUUGGAGAUCCCAAUCUCUGGAGAGCCGACUCCAAAAGUUAUGUGGAGUAAAGGGGAUAAGUGGAUCAUGGAGACAGGUGGCAGAAUACGGGCAGAAACUUAUCCGGAUAGCAGCUGUUUGGUAAUUGAUAUAGCCGAGAGGGAUGACUCAGGUGUCUACAAAAUAAUGCUAAAGAAUGAGGCUGGAGAAGACUCAGCUAAUAUCAACAUCAAGGUGGUUGAUAUUCCGGACCCUCCUCUUGCACCAAAUGUGACUGAGGUGGGUGAAGACUGGUGUUUUAUGAACUGGGAACCUCCAGCCUAUGAUGGUGGCUCUCCUAUCUUAGGAUAUUUCAUUGAAAGGAAAAAGAAACAAAGCUCCAGGUGGAUGAGACUGAAUUUUGACCUGUGUAAAGAAACAACAUUUGAACCAAAGAAGAUGAUUGAAGGUGUUGCUUAUGAGGUCCGCGUAUUUGCGGUUAAUGCAGUAGGAAUUUCCAAACCAAGUAUGCCCUCAAAGGCUUUUGUUCCCUUGGCUGUCACCAGUCCACCAACUCUCCUGGCAGUUGAUGGAGUAACUGAUAGCACCGUUACAAUGAAAUGGCGGCCACCAGAUCACAUUGGAGCAGCAGGUUUAGACGGCUAUGUUAUAGAGUACUGCUUUGAAGGAACGGAAGAAUGGAUAGUGGCUAACCCAGAACUGACAGACAAAACAAGGUACACCAUCACUGACCUGCCAACUGGAUCCAGAAUUUUCGUGAGAGUGAAAGCUGUGAAUGCUGCUGGUCCCAGUGAACCUAGAUUGCACCCACAACCUAUUUUAGUCAAGGAAGUUAUAGAACCUCCAAAGAUUCGUCUACCAAGACACUUAAAACAAACCUACAUUCGAAGGGUUGGAGAAGCUGUGAAUCUUGUUAUUCCUUUCCAAGGAAGACCAAGACCAAAGGUAUCUUGGAAGAAAAAUGGUGCUUCCGUAGACAAGAACCAAAUUAACAUCCGCAACAGUGAAAAUGAUACUAUCAUCUUUAUCCGAAAGGCAGAGAGGAGCCACUCAGGAAAAUAUGACCUGAAAGUGAAAGUAGACAACUUGGUGGACAAAGCUACAAUAGAUAUUCAAGUAGUUGAUCGCCCUGGCCCACCACAUGUUGUAAAGAUUGAGGAUGUUUGGGGAGAGAAUGUUGCUUUAUCAUGGCAGCCACCGAAGGAUGAUGGUAAUGCUGCCAUUACUGGGUACACAAUUCAAAAAGCAGACAAGAAGAGCAUGGAAUGGUUCACUGUAAUUGAGCACUACCACCGAACCAGUGCCACCAUUACUGAACUCAUCAUAGGAAAUGAGUACUACUUCCGGAUCUUCGCUGAAAACAUGUGUGGCCUCAGUGAGGAUGCGACAAUGACCAGAGAGAGUGCUGUGAUCGCAAAGGAUGGUAAAGUCUACAAAAAUCCAAUUUAUGAAGACUUUAAUUUCACCGAAGCACCAAUGUUUACUCAACCUUUAAUUAACACAUAUGCUGUAGCUGGUUACAAUGCUACUUUGAACUGCAGUGUUCGAGGAAAUCCAAAGCCCAAAAUAACCUGGAUGAAAAACAAAGUGACUAUAAUAAAUGACCCAAGAUACAGAAUGUUUGGGAACCAAGGUGUCUGUACCUUGGAGAUCCGCAAACCCAACCCUUAUGACGGAGGCACUUACACCUGCAAAGCAGUCAAUGAACUUGGAGAGGCUGCAGUUGAAUGCAAACUGGAAGUGAAAGGUGGACUUUCGUUCUUCAGACUGUUAAUGCAAGGGGUGCCUCCGCAUAUCAUUCAUUCAUAUAUGCGAGAAAUGCAAGCAGGCAACCCUGAGGGAAAGUGAGAUCCCGUCUACAGUGCUUUCCCGCUACAGCAUUGGAAACUGGUAGCCAGCACUACAGCAUUUUAAUUCCUGCAAUAGCAUCACAACAGUGUGCCUCCCUGCUUUUUUCCCCCUUCCUGCUGCUGAAAAUAAAAGUUACGCAUGGAUUGCUUUGGAGUUGAAAUUGAAGCCAAGACACAUUUUGUAACAUUCAGCAUUGUUUUCUGUUUGAUAAUGCGUUUUGUUUGUUUUUUAAUGAGAAAGGAGAAGAAGCCACGUAAUACGCAUGAGAAGACACUCUUCUACUUUGUACUUCGUAGGGCUAGGCAUAUUUUUGUCAGAGUGAAAGUAGACUGAUCAACCAAUGGCAAUCCAGUAGGGCCUUGACGUACAUACCUUUUUUGAUAAUGGAGCUUAUUCAUCUAACAGUAGUUCAAAAUAAUACGGUUUUGCUAUAAAUUGACUGUUUAAUACACAUGCAUUUAAUGGUCAUUUCAGUUGAAUAUUUCUUCAUCUAGAUGAUUUAUAUUUCUUAUGACUCACCCACAAAUCAAGUUUCUUUCAACUGAAAUUAAAGUGUUUUAUUUAAUGUACAAUAAACAUGAAGUGUUUAAGAUCUACCAAAA